AUGGCCACUAGUAAUGAAGAUGCAAAUCGAAAUGAAACGACGAAAAUGAUCAAUGAAUGGCGAGAGCAAUGGAUGAAAGAGAUCGAUUCGAUCGUUCGUUCAGCAACCGAUGAUCUUGAUGAAAAUAUCACGGAAAACGAUCUCAACGAUCGACUUCAAGAAGCGAUGAAUGAAUUUUAUAAUGAUGAAGAUGGAAGUUCAACAAUUUUUGGUGAUCAAGACACAGGCAAACGAAACUUUUAUUUCAGUGAUGAAUUUAUGUCACACAAAAAUUAUUCACGACAACAAUCUGAAUCAUCAGAUUUAACAUCAACUAUUGGACAAGCAUUGGUGAUCAAACAACGCGCUCAUUGUACGGUCAAAUGUUAUAAAGAUCGAGCUGGUGUAAUGGCAAUUGGUGAAGAUCAACUUGCUUUUAUUGAUUUUGUUUGGAAUUAUGAACAAGUACGUGAAAUGAAAAUGUUUGUUGUAUCGAACAUUAACUCGAGUGUGGGAGAAGUUCAAGCUGAACGUAGCUUUAACUUUCCAUAUGUGGGCGAACGAGUUCGUGUUGUCGAUAUGGAUUAUUGGCCAACACAUAAUCGAUAUGUUUUAGCCGUUGUUCAAACAGGAGAACAACGUGCGAGUUGGCAUUAUUUAUUCAAUCCAACACCUGAUAAGGAUGAGGAAGCGUUUGAACGUUGGAUAACUUGUCUGCCAGGUGAUACGCUUUCACGUGUUUGCUGUACAAAAGAAACAGUUUAUGAAAUUGUCAAUCAUUAUACGAGAGGUUUUGUUCUUCUUUUGAAUUCUUAUAGAGUGACACAUGUACGAAAAUCAGCAUUGGAACUCUUUCCUCCUGAUUCUCAACGUUAUAACAGUGAUGUUUUACGUUUGAUUGACAUUUGCUGUUCACCAUCGAACAAAAAACUUGCUGUUUCAUACAAUUGUUCGAUAGGAUCACAGAAAGGACCAGUUGGUAUUCAUGUGUUCGACCUAACACGCGAUUGGGCUCUUCUUUCUCGAAUCGAUCUUGGUUAUACAGAUGUCGAAUAUUAUAUGCCACGUCUUCUUCAUCUUCAUAAGGUUGAUCUUCUUGUUGCUUUACAUGUGAUGAGCGGAAAUUUAUUAUUUUAUGACAAUCAUGGUGAACGCAAGGGAAAACGAUCGUUCAUUUUGUAUGUGGAAGAAUAUGAAGAGAAUCAACCUCAUCUUUAUCCAGUGAACAUUUGUGCGUCCCAAGAAUGGGUGGCUAUUCGUUUUAAUCGUUACAUUACUGUACAUCGAAUUAAUGAUUGA